AUUCAGGACUAGUUUGACAACAGAGCCUUGAGGCCAGUCCAGGUGGGCGGGAGCUUCCACAGAAAUCCAAUUACCGGAAAGAGGCUAGUCUAGGAUGGACCUUGAUUCUUGCUCACGCGGAGCAAGUUGGGCUUGGAACCAGCCCCUGGGGUUCAUCUGCUUACCCUAACCUGAAGUCAGAGAACAUCUAUUUUUCGGAUGGGAAACCCGCGAACUAUCCAGGAUUCUGCCGGGUGGGCCCCAUGGAAUCCAGUUGUGAGUCACCUCGGAGUGCCCAGGGAGCAGUACACAAAGCCGGCUAGCUCGAGAUGGAUGCCGGCCCGCGGUACCCUGCCUCCCGAAGCUGUGGUUAGCUUUGGUGAUUCAUUUCCCCUUCUGCUGCCCCAGAGGGGGCGCCGCCCUGGCCUGAGAGGGGGAGAAAAGAUCUAGAGGCGAAUGGAGGGGAAACAAGAUGAGGCAGCCUUAAGGGACCACGUGGUCUAGCUCCGUUGAAUUCCCAGAUCUCAAGGAGACGUGUUGUGGUCUGGGAUCAGGUGAUGUGUUAUGUCUCAUUUCAACGCCCUGCUUCUCGAUGACGACAGACAGCUUUGGGACGGCUCUGCAGGGUGCCCCAGGGUUUCCAGUACUGGAUACUGGUCUUUAAGACGCUGGAGCCCAUCCGGAUUCCCGUUGGUGGCUGGUACAGCCCACACUCUCCACUAAGGGACUCUCCACCGCAGCUGCGCAAGCCAAGCCCGGAGGCGCAAAGGCUGUGGGAGGGGCUAGACGUUCCCCGGGCUCCCGGGCCGGUCCUUGUGGGUGGGGCCCCGGCUGAGCCCAACUUUCCGGGUGGAGCGCAGCUUCGGUAGCGGCGGGGAGGGCGGGGCCGGGAGCGCGAAGCCGCGCGGGCGCGCUUGGGAGGGACUGGAGCCCCGCGCCCGAAGCUGCCAGAUCCGCCGCGGGAGUCGAGCCGCAGCCAGAGCAGCCAGAGCAGCCUGAGCAGCUGCAGCCAGUCCGAGCUCGCGGUUCCGCGUCCGCCGGCCUAUCGGCGUCUAUUCCCCGCACAGUAAGAGGCGAAGGGGGGCUGGGGGAGGGGGGCGGCGGCUGCGACCUCCGUUCCCAAGCUCGGAACACUAUCGGCUCUGUCUGGCCUGGUCACGGCCUGAGCACCAAACACGCAGAAGGUCGGGGUCAGUCAGUGUCUGACAGUCUGGGGACCAAAGAUGGAAAAAGACUAAACGGAUUCCGUGUAAAAGCAUCGUGUGAGCUCGGGGUGCGGAGGAGAGAGAAGACUUCCCCUGGUGCGGGAGGUGCCCGAGACUUACGCGGCCCGGGUGGGCACCAGCCACUCCGGCAUCUCAGCAGCCACGACCUUCUUCCCUGACGGAAUCAGAAUUAUCGGCUGGCUCAGGGUCUAGCACCUAAAACGGUGCCAUCUCCUGACUGAGGAAUCAGGACCUGGCUCAGCGAGUCCCUGGAAAGCCUGCCUCCUGCCCCAGCCCCACUGGUGCGGAUGUGCCGCUGCCCACUGGAGCACCAUGAAGGCAGGAUGACCUCAGCCGAAGCAGUAGCUGUGACUGGAAGUGCCCAGGAGCAUGGCCGCCCCAAGUGGCCUCCGGACAGCCCUCAAGUCCUUGGGCAGCCUGCUCCGGCGAGAGUGGUUGUAGCAGCACUAGUGUGGCUGUUGGCAGGAGCCAGCAUGUCAAGCCUCAACAAGUGGAUCUUCACAGUGCAUGGUUUCGGACGGCCCCUGCUACUGUCGGCACUGCACAUGCUGGCGGCUGCCCUGGCAUGUCACUGGGGGGCCCAGCGACCCAUGCCCCACAGCAUCCACCGCAGAGUACUGUUGCUCAGCCUCACUUUCGGUACCUCCAUGGCAUGCGGCAACGUGGGCCUGAGCACUGUACCCUUGGACCUAGCACAACUGGCCACCACCACCACACCACUGUUCACACUGGCCUUGUCUGCCUUGCUGCUCGGCCGAAGACACCAUCCCCUGCAGUUUGCUGCUAUGGGCCCGCUCUGCCUAGGGGCUGCAUGCAGUCUGGCUGGAGAGCUCCGGGCACCUCCAGCUGGUUGUGGCUUCUUGCUGGUGGCCACCUGUCUCCGAGGCUUCAAGUCUGUUCAACAGAGUGCUCUGCUGCAGGAAGAGAGGCUGGACGCAGUGACUCUGCUGUACGCCACUUCUUUGCCCAGUUUCUGCCUGCUGGUGGGCGCGGCACUGGUGCUGGAGGCUGGUUCCGCCCCUCCGCUGCCUCCCACAGACUCUCGCCUCUGGGCCUGUGUCCUGCUCAGCUGCUUCUUGUCUGUGGUCUACAACCUGGCAAGCUUCUCCUUGCUGGCACUCACAUCUGCCCUCACCGUCCACGUACUGGGCAACCUCACGGUUGUGGGCAACCUCGUCCUGUCCCGGCUCCUGUUUGGCAGCCACCUCAGCACACUCAGCUACCUGGGCAUUGCCCUGACCCUUUCAGGAAUGUUUCUUUAUCACAACUGUGAGUUGGUGGCCUCCUGGGCUAUCCGCCGGGGGUUGUGGAACAGGGACCAGCCUGGCAAAGGUCUUUGAGACCUGGGGGAAGCUCAUGAGCUAUCCCUGGACAGUCCCGGCCUGAAUCUAACCUUGGACAAUGGCCAUGAGGAAAGUGGAAAGGUGCUAUGUCUGCCAGGCCGGGGACAGAAGGGACCUUCUGGAAGGGCUGCCUGAGAGGCUACACCAGGGACUUUCAGAGAGACUCACCUCCUGUCCCUGCCUGCCUCACCUCUCACAGCAAAGCCUACCACUGGAUGGUGGGUCUAGGUCUGGCAUGUGUGCUUGUCAGAUGAAUUAGUGUCAACUACUAUGAUGAAGAUUGCUGGGCAGGCUUAGGAAACCUCAAAGUGUUAUGAUGAAGACAAUGCCUGGCAUUUGCACAAUCCUCCCUGGGGGGAGGGGGAAGGCUGUAUCACCAGAGCAGGCUCCUUCAUGGCUGGGCUCCCCUAAAGACGGGGUAGUCUGUGCCAACUUCAGGUGGCUACUGUGGCCUCAUUCUGGGGCCCCCCCCCCCCCAAUUUGGGUCUUCCAUCCCCAAUAAAGUAUUUUUUUUCUUG